AUGGGAGUUGGAGUCGGAAUGGAUUCAAUACUUCCUGCUUGGAGAAGGGAGAGUAAGAAGUUUCGGCUGUGGACUAAAGAGUUGUUCGGCUGGCAAAUUGUUUCUCCUCGAGGAGACAGAAGUAAACGCAGAGACAGAAUGUCUGUGAUGGAACGUGGAGCCAUCCGGCCCAUUACAGCAGUGGCAUGGACCUCUAACACCAGCACAUGCCCUAAAGAUUUCAACUUGAUCAGCAUCACAGAAGAUGGAUCAGCUGCAAAUUUUACUCGCAGCUUUGGCAUGAAGUCUGGAUAUUACCUCUGUUACAGCAAGGACCUGGCUGGUGGUAUGGUGGUGUCAGACGUUCAGCUUAUUUCAGACAAGGACUCCAUCCCUCAUGGUUACUGUUAUAUAGCAGAGCACCUUGAACCAAAGGCCUCUGUUUGGAAGAAGAAACGUGUUUGUGUACGUGUCGUCCCAGUCGGCAGUGUGGACACAGCUGUGUUAGACAUCAAACUGACGGCCAAAAGCAAAAUGAUGCUGCAGCACUACACAUAUGUGGGAGACAUCCAUGGCUAUGUACUGUGGUGCAGAAAGGGUUACUUUACAACCCCCAUUCCCCAAGCUAAGCCCCGCAGCGUCAGCCUGGAUAUCCGCAAACUCUCAUUGGAGACGCCAUCUGCUCCCAUGCCCCUCAGACCCAGCAACCCUCCUCCUCCACUGCCACCACAACAUAAAAUAAGUCAGAGGCGUCGCAGCCUUCACACAAAAGACAACCUAGACAAGCCUGCUGACAGCAGCAUCCAGGGAAUCACAGCUCUAGACGGAGUUCCUUUCAGCCUUCACCCAAAGUUUGACCUCCACACAAACAACACGGCUCUUCAGCUGAACUCUCAGUUAAAAAACAUUCAAAUCAAAUCUCUGCAAGACAUUGAAAAUGAGUAUAACUACACUUUUGCUGUGGAGGAAAAUGCUGCCAAGAGGACCAGACCAUCAGUGCCAACAGGAGGCACGGCAUCAGAUCAGUGACUGUGACAAAGUAGCAUUGUUAUACCUCUGCAUAUUGCUUUAUUAAGAGACAUUUAACUUAUCAUCUUACAUCAUGGCGUAGGUCAUUGGUUCCCAACCCACAGUUCGGACCCCCUGGGCAGGGCACAGUUUACUCAAAGGUCACAGGCUCUGCCUGCUCUGAUGUUUUCAUAAUUAGAUUUGUACACAAAACCUAAAAUCAUGGUAAAACACUUAUGGAAUAGUUCAUACAAAGGUCUUUUGAUAAGUAAUCAUGUGUAGACCUAUUAUCUUUGGGUUUUAUCAAUGAAACAACAAAAAUCAGUGUUGAUUAACAGCAAUGUAUCACUUUUCUUAUUCGUGUGAGUCAGUUUUUCUUGGAUACAGGUAGGGGGUCUCCAAGGUUAGAAAGGUUGGGGACCAGUGGCAUGGAUGAAGGAUGAUCCUGUCAGCAGUUUUCUAUAAUACUGGACUUUACUUAGAAUUAUAGGGAACAAAAAAAAGUCUGUUAAAAGGUCAAAGUAUCCAUUCCUUUUUUAUGUUAACAAUUAAGAUCUGUGCUUUAUGACCAUCCUAGUGUAUUCCUUAUCAAUCAAAACUGUAGUUUCAGUAUCUUAAGAGCCUUGGCUUGAAAAUAUGCAGCCUUUAACAUCUCACUGAAAUUAACAUGUAGCAAAUCCACAAAUCUACAAUGCAUGCUCUGUUAAAGGUUCCUCAUCUACAACAUUGAGAUCAGUCUCUACUUUAAUAUGCACAGCUUACAUCCUUAUUGUAUGUUUGAAUGUUUUAUAUUAUGAAGAUGCACUUACAGUUGAAGCAAUCAGUGCUACAUACCUUUACAUGUUUUAUUCCUGUAGCAGAGCCUUGAAAAUGACUGUAAAUAAAUGAACAUCACUGCAAAUGUAAAGAUGACCUCACUAGUUACACUAACAUAUCUAAAUGUAGGUUGUAGGGUGCUCCUUUUGUGAAGUGUUGCUUACUAUCAGGUUUGUACUAUUGCCAAAGAUUAUUUAUCCUUUUAUUGUGGGAAUGGGAGAAGGAUGUGGUUUUGCUUGUGUUUGUCAUGUUGGUUAAGGGGAGACAAUCUUUUUUUGUCCACUCAGGCAGAAUAAAGGCAAAAUAUUUAUCUAAAUCAUUAUACACUUUAUAAGUUUUCUAUUUUUAUGCUUUUUAUAGUAAACUUUUAUUGCAUGGAGAAAUAAAAUAUUAUGAAACACUUUUUUGUCUGUAAU